AUGAGUAAAGCCCUGGACCGCAUCUCCCAGUCGCCUUUCACGCGUAGAAUAGAGGGAGCAGAGCUUCCUCGGCGGUUCCAUCAACCAACCUUUGCCAUAUACAAUGGUCGGACAGACCCAGUAAAGCAUCUGACACAGGCUUUUGGUUCUCGCUUCAUUACCAGCAGCAGAGUCCCUCGGCCCCUAGAUUCCCUCCUAUCCCUGUCCAUACGAGAAGGAGAGACACUGAAGGCCUAUUCAGACAGGUACUGGGAAAUGUAUAAUGAGAUAGAGGGAAACUACGAUGACGUUGUCAUCAGCACAUUCAAGAGGGGCUUGCCGACAAAGCAUGGUUUAAGAAAGUCCCUGACUGGGAAGCCGGUCACUAGUGUGCACCAACUCAUGGACAGAAUUGAGAAGUACAAAAGGGUCGAGGAGGACCAGCAGACGGGGAAGGGCAAAGCAAAGGUUGUCCGUCAGGAGAGGAGGGACUUCAGGUCGGACCGCUUUAACAGCAGUAACAGGCCGAGAACCAUUACACAAGAUCCUAGAGAAGGUAAAGAGUGA